CUGCCUUUCAUCAACAGCAACAGACCAGAAGACUAAAAAGAAAUUCUGAUCCAUUGAACCGAGUCUUUUCACUGCAAUCCAUUCUCUGUAAGUCCCUUUUCUCCCCCUUUUUGGUCUCUCUCACUCUGGUUUUCUUCGGUUUCGUUCAUACUGCUUAGCAGAUCUGAUCGUAAUAUCUCUGGAACUGUUAGUUUAGAAUAAGUAAAGAGAUUUUUCGGGGGAAUUUCUUCGUAAUUUGAGCUGUUUGGUUCCUUCAAUUCCGGGUUUUCAUUUCAGUUGCGAGUUUUCUUAGCUUCAACUUUUCCGGCUUGAUCUGAGAUUUGAUCUGUUUUUUAAGGUUUCGGUUUAGUCCGGUUUGAUCUGCUGAGUCUGUUGCUUUGGAUGAAGGGUUAGGAAUGACAUUAGAUUUAGAGUGGGAGUUCAUCCUCUAAUCAUCAAAUUACCCUUCAUCUGGUUUCGGAGGUUCUGCAGUGCAUUGAUGUCGUGAGUUCGGAUUCUACAAAUGGUAGAAUUUAGAUUUUCAUCCCAAACUAUCAAGUUAUCUUUCGGUUUGUCUGCGACCGCUAUCUGUUUGCUCAAAGUCUGAUGAGACGCCGUCAGACAGCUAGCAAUCCUCCCGAGCAUAUGGAGAAAGCGUUCGGGAAGAAUCACCACACUCGUCUCUGUUUCUUAUUAUUUUUGUCAGCGUUGUUCUGGGUCUUGUUGUUCUACUUCCAUUUUGUUGUUCUGGGAAGUGGUACCAUUGUUGAAUCUGAAAAGCUGCAUCAAAUUCCUCUCCGCACCGAGUCUGCAAAGGCGCAUCGUGUGCUUGAGAAUUAUCCAUUCAUGCGAGCUUUGAGAACCAUAGAGAACAAGAGCGAUCCGUGUGGAGGAAGGUACAUAUAUGUCCAUGACCUCCCUCCUCGGUUCAAUGAAGAUAUGCUCAAGGAGUGCAAGUCUCUCAGCCUCUGGACGAACAUGUGUAAGUUCACCACUAAUGCGGGGCUUGGCCCCCCACUGGAGAAUGUCGAUGGGGUCUUCUCGAAUACUGGAUGGUACGCUACAAACCAAUUUGCCGUUGAUGUGAUCUUCAGCAACCGAAUGAAACAGUACGAGUGCUUGACAAAUGAUUCUUCUAUUGCUUCCGCCAUUUUUGUUCCGUUCUAUGCUGGGUUCGAUAUAGCCCGUUAUCUUUGGGGCUAUAACACAUCUGUUAGGGAUGCUGCUUCUCUUGAUUUGCUAGACUGGCUUGUUAAGAGGCCUGAGUGGAAGGUUAUGGGGGGAAAGGACCAUUUUCUGGUCGCAGGCAGGAUAACAUGGGAUUUUAGGAGGCUAACUGAUCAAGAAUCAGAUUGGGGUAACAAGCUUUUGUUUCUUCCAGCUGCAAAGAAUAUGUCCAUGCUGGUGGUUGAGUCGAGCCCAUGGAACGCUAAUGAUUUCGGUAUCCCAUAUCCUACUUACUUCCAUCCAGCAAAGGAUGCUGAUGUUUUCAUUUGGCAAGAUCGUAUGAGGAAACUGAACCGUCCAUGGCUCUUCUCUUUUGCUGGGGCCCCACGUCCUGACAACCCCAAGUCAAUUAGAGGGCAGAUCAUUGAGCAGUGCAAGAAGUCCAAGGUCUGUAAGCUAUUGGAAUGCGAUUUUGGUGAGAGUAAGUGCCAUUCUCCAAGCAGCAUAAUGCAGAUGUUCCAGAGCUCUCUGUUUUGCCUGCAACCUCAGGGUGAUUCUUACACGCGAAGAUCAGCUUUUGACUCGAUGCUGGCAGGUUGUAUACCUGUGUUUUUCCAUCCUGGUUCAGCGUACACACAGUAUACAUGGCAUCUUCCAAAGAAUUAUUCAAAGUACUCAGUGUUCAUUCCAGAGGAUGAUAUUCGCAAGAGAAAUGUUAGUAUUGAGAAAAGGCUAAGGCAAAUUUCUCCAGAGCAGGUGAAGAUCAUGAGAGAGGAAGUUAUAAGCCUCAUACCAAGGCUGAUAUAUGCGGAUCCUAGGUCAAGAUUGGAGACUCUUAAGGAUGCUUUUGAUGUAGCUGUGCAAGCUGUUAUCAACAAAGUUACCAAGUUGAGAAAGGACAUUGUUGAUGGUCGCACUGAUGAUAACUUUAUAGAAGAGAACAGCUGGAAAUAUGCCUUACUGGAGGAAGGACAACGUGAAGUGGGGCCUCAUGAAUGGGACCCUUUCUUCUCUAAGCCAAAGGAUGAGCAAAAUGAUCAAUCUGCAGAAACUGGUAAAAAUUCUUGGAAGAGUGAGCGGAGGGGUCAAUCAUGAGUGGUGGGCAAGAAAUUUUAUCUGCAUCAUACAAGUGCCGAUCAUACCUAGUACUUGCAGUACUUAGCACAAGCCUGCCUGCAGUCAGUAAAGGAAGGAGGGCAGAUAUUGAUCUCUGAUGAGGACCUAGUGAUGAAAUAAUCCGGAGCACUUGCCUUCAACUUUGUUGCACCCUUGAGUACAACCUUGUUUAAAAUAUAAACAUAGGGAAGGUAUUCUCAGCUUCUAAUAUAUAUAUAUUUUGUUAAAAGGUUAGGAUCAUGUUAUUUUGCGUUAUGAAAUUUGUUUAAUAAUUCUUUGUAUUUUUCACAAUGUAAUGCCAAGAGCUAUAAUUAUGUUAUCUGAUCCAUUCAAAGAAAACAAGAUUUUUUUAUUGUUUCAAAGAGUUCAAGAGUUACUGGUAAGAUGUUAGUAUUCACAAGCUAAAUCCGGAGCUUGUUACUAAAGUUGUACUUUAGUAAAACCAGAGUAGCCUGAUAAACCAAGCAGCAAGCUUACUUGUGCCUUGUAUAGUUAAAGCGGCGAUCUGCAUUAUACGGGUGUUAUUCUUUAGGCGGCUUCGGUUGAAGUCAGUAUGUGUGGUAUUAGGGGAUCCUCAUGGCAAAAAACCUUAAAUACUAUGUACUGUUUAGUAUCAAACCAUGGAUUUAAAUACUAGUAUGUUCCAAUUUUACUCCAA